ACCAAAUGUCCCUCCUGGAUGCAAUGGAUGCUGACUGCAGAGACAUCUCAGCUGAAGACUGCCAGGGGUGGAUGAGCCAGGACAAGUGUUUCUAUCCAAGGUGCAGAGACAUCUCAGCUGAAGACCUGCCAGGGGUGGAUGAGGCAGGCCAAGCGUUACUAUCCAAGGUGCAGAGACAUCUCAGCUGAAGACAGCCAGGGGUGGAUAAGGCAUGACAAGCGUGUGUUUUGUGUUUUAUUUUUACACAUUUGGAUCCAAAGGCCAUGUAUGUUGGAUGUGUUGUUGAACCAAAGGCCAUGUAUGUUGGAUGUGUUGUUGAACCAAAGGCCAUGUGUGUUGGAUGUGUUGUUGAACCAAAGGCCAUGUAUGUUGGAUGUGUUGUUGAACCAAAGGCCAUGUAUGUUGGAGGUAUUGUUGAACCAAAGGCCAUGUGUGUUGGAUGUGUUGUUGAACCAAAGGCCAUGUAUGUUGGAUGUGUUGUUGAACCAAAGGCCAUGUAUGUUGGAUGUGUUGUUGAACCAAAGGCCAUGUAUGUUGGAUGUGUUGUUGAACCAAAGGCCAUGUAUGUUGGAUGUGUUGUUGAACCAAAGGCCAUGUAUGUUGGAUGUGUUGUUGAACCAAAGGCCAUGUAUGUUGGAUGUGUUGUUGAACCAAAGGCCAUGUAUGUUGGAUGUGUUGUUGAACCAAAGGCCAUGUAUGUUGGAUGUGUUGUUGAACCAAAGGCCAUGUAUGUUGGAUGUGUUGUUGAACCAAAGGCCAUGUAUGUUGGAUGUGUUGUUGAACCAAAGGCCAUGUAUGUUGGAUGUGUUGUUGAACCAAAGGCCAUGUAUGUUGGAUGUGUUGUUGAACCAAAGGCCAUGUAUGUUGGAGGUAUUGUUGAACCAAAGGCCAUGUAUGUUGGAUGUGUUGUUGAUCACUGGCAGUAAUUUCAUGUUGCUAAUAAAGCUUUUACUGCAGCAAUUAGGUCACUUAAUGUUUUUCUACUUUACAUUCUAUGAAGUAAAGAUAACUCAUUCACUUUUAGAUAGUAUGUUGCCAAAAAAGCACACAAUCGACACUCAACCUGUCACGCCUUGGUCUUAGUAUUUUGUGUUUUCGUUAUUUAUUUGGUCAGGCCAGGGUGUGACAUGGGUUUAUUUUGUGGUGUGUUUUUGUAUUGGGGUUUUAGUAGGUAUUGGGAUUGUGGCUGAGUAGGGUUGUCUAGGAAAGUCUAUGGUUGCCUGGGGCGGUUCUUAAUCAGAGGCAGGUGAUUUUCGUUGUCUGAUUGGGAACCAUAUUUAGGCAGCCAUAUUCUGUGAGUGUUUCGUGGGUGAUUGUUCCUGUCUCUGUGUAGUUUCACCAGAUAGGCUCGGUCACUUUGGUUUUUCUUUUUUACUUGUUUUGGAAGAAAAGAGAACGAGCGCCAUUCUCCUUGCGGAGAUGGUGCUAAAUACAUCAACACGGUCGGUCCCUGGGAUUGGGCUGGCCAACACGAUUCGGUUUGCUUGGAAGGAAAAGGAGUUGGAGCCUUUAGGACGGGAAUCUUUUGGAAGGAUAAUAUUGAUGGGGAUUCUAAAGCUGACGGUGAAGGACGUGUUUUGUUUCCAAGGCAACUCGUUGGAGGGAGCAUUUGACGUGGUACUAUAUACAGAGGAAAAACACAAUGAUAUCCUGAGAAGGGCAAGAGCAGUGGGAGGUGAGAGGCCGAUGUGCCACUAUGAAAUAACAAGCCUGGCGAAGAAUAACUUUAGGGUUGUAACUGUCAACAUUUACAACCCUUACGUUAAGGACGAAGAGGUGAGGGCUUUUCUGGGGAGAUACAUGGAUAACGUCUCCUCAGCAAGGCACCUCAAAGAUUCCCUUGGGUUUUGGAAUGGGAGGAGAGGCUUCCA